AUGUGGCUCCUACGACAGACAUUGGUAGCUCUCCUGGGCGUGGCGACCGUCUCCGCGCUCCCCAAGACCUGCCACGCCCCGGAGCUCCCUCUCCCCCUGCGACAAAUCUACCAAUUUCCAUCCUUCCCCACAUACCUGGAAAGUAUCUACGUGCGUUCCAACGGCGACCUCCUCGCCGUGACCGCCUUCCCCGACGCCUCGCUCUACUACCUCACGGGGGUGACCAACGCAAAUGACCCGGACCCGCCCACAGUAACCCUAAUCCGCGCCUUCGACGAGGUGAACACCCUAACCAGCAUCAUCGAAACCCAGCCGGACAUCUUCACCAUCGUAGCCGGCAACACCUCGACCUACGCAACCGUCAUCCCGGGGACCUUUGGCGUGUGGGAGCUCGAUCUCCGUCCCACCAAAGCCAACAGCAAGCAGCCCCCACAGGCCCGGGAGAUCGUCCGCAUCGCCGGCGGCGGCUUCAUGACGGGGAUGGACACGAUCUCGCCCACCACCGUGCUGGUGUCGGACGCCUCCCACGGCCUUGUCUGGCGCGUCGACCUCACCACCGGCGCCUACGACCUCGCCAUCCAGGUCCCCGACAUGCAUUACCCGCCCUGGGCCUCUGCGCCCGUCGGCAUCGACGACAUCAACAUCCACAACGGCUACCUGUACUGGAGCAAUGCCUUCGCGGCGACGCUGUCGCGCAUCCGCCUCACCGACGACGGGUACGCGGCGGCCGGGGCGGAGAGUGAGCUGGUGGCCGAGGUGCGGUCCAUCUUCCUGGAUAAAUUCACGUUCGGCGGUGGGAAUGCGGACGGGAGAUACGACCGCGAGACCAUCUGGGCGAUGACCAAUGCUGAUAGUCGCGUGUUGGCGAUCACCCCUGAGGGGGAGAUCCUCACCGUCGCCGGGCAGUCGGAUCAGAUGACCGUCGCGGGGUCGACGACCGGGGCUUUUGGGAAGGUGAAGGGCGACACGAAGACGUUGUAUGUUCUUACUGGUGGGGGGUUCAAUUUUCCGAUCAAUGGGUCGAUGGUGGAGCCGGGGAAGAUUGUGGCCAUUGAUACGGAGGCGUUUUGGUAG